CGGAAGAGGACGAGCGAAGAGGGGAGGAUAGCGGAGAGCGGGGGCUGAGUCCGGACGGUGGCGGCGAAUCUGAGAGCGGAAGGAGAAGGGGAGUCGAAGAGGACUCGCCUCCAAUCGUUCCUCUCGUCUGUGUUCUCGAGCCUCUUUCGUCAGAAUCAAGAGGAGGAGGAAGUAAUCGACCAGGAGGGAGAAGACAUGGCGUCCAGGCAUCAGACCGUCGUCCCGCAGCAGCAGAGAGGUGGGCAUGUGCCAGGGGGCAAGCAGAAAGCCGGCGCAGCAGCAGAUGGGAAGAAUCGCCGAGCCCUUGGAGACAUUGGUAAUCUGGUUCACGCCCAGGUUGUCGAAGGGAAGCCGGAAUCCCAGAUCAAUCGUCCCAUCACCAGGAGUUUUGGUGCUCAACUUAUUGCCAAUGCACAAGCUGUCGCUGCCGCUGCUGCUGCUAAUAAGAAACCUGUCGCCGUUAAAGCUAAUGCAGCAGUCGCUAGAGCUGGUACAAAACCAGCUAAGAAGGUCGCAGUUAAGGGCAAGGAGAAGAAGACAGAGGAGGUGAAGGUUAUAGUGAUAAGCCCCGACAAGAACCAGGAGGUACCCAAGCAAGCAGCUGACACAAGUAGAUCCCGCACCAAAUCUACCAGGAAGAAAGUCACUACGCUUACUUCUGUUCUCACUGCUCGAAGCAAGGUUGCUUGUGGACUCACUGACAAGCCGAAGGAGUUGGUUGAUGACAUCGAUGCGGCCGAUACCGAGGACGAGUUGGCCGUCGUGGAUUACAUUGAGGACAUCUACAAGUUCUACAAAUCUGCUGAGCACCAUUGCAGGCCUCACGACUACAUGGAUUCCCAGGUGGAGAUCAACGCCAAGAUGAGAGCCAUUCUCGCUGACUGGUUAAUCGAAGUGCACCAUAAGUUCGAGCUGUCGCCUGAGACUCUCUACCUGACAUUCCACAUCAUCGACCGGUAUCUUUCGAUGGAGACGGUUCUGAGGAGAGAACUGCAGCUUGUGGGGGUGUCUGCCAUGCUCAUCGCAAGCAAGUACGAGGAGAUAUGGGCACCAGAGGUGAAUGACUUCAUUUGCAUAUCGGACAGGGCUUAUACGAGGGAGCAGAUCCUUGGAAUGGAGAAAGCAAUCCUGAACAAGCUUGAAUGGAACUUGACAGUGCCGACGCCCUAUGUGUUCCUCGUGAGAUUUCUGAAGGCUGCAGCAUGCGACCAGGAGAUGGAACGCAUGGUUUUCUUCUUCGCGGAGUUGGCUAUGAUGCACUACUCCAUGAUAAUGUUCUGUCCCUCCAUGGUUGCUGCUGCUGCUGUUCAUGCAGCCCGGUGCACUCUGCGGAAGAGCCCUCUCUGGACUGCCACACUCAAGCACCACACAGGGUUUUCGGAGCAACAACUGCUGGAUUGCACACAGAUGCUGGUGAACUCCCAUGCGGCUGCUCCUGAGGGCAAGCUGAAGGUGGUGUACAAGAAGUAUUCGAGUGAGCAAUUUGGAGCUGUAGCACUGCAACCAUCCGCAGCCAAAUUGGUGGAGGAGCUGAAGGCUGCAUCACUUUAAGUAGUAGAAGCUUGCAUUUAUUUCAUGUUCUUUAUGAAAGAGUGGUAACCAAAGGAACAAGGUGAUGAAUGAUGGUAGGACAAUUUUUUUGGGUCCUAAUUUGGGAAAAGCAGAUGCUGCAAAAUAUCUUUUUAAUUUGAAAAAGAUAUUGCUGUGAAAAUAAUCAGGAAUUGUGUUUCUAAUG